AUGGCUAACACGAAUGCUCCAUCUGACUCGACUUCGAAAUAUCAACUAAAAGCCACCGGGGAAGCCGCUAAGAAUUAUGAUUUUACCAAAGCAAGACCGCCAGCCAAGACUACCAACGUAAUAGAAUCUAUAGGGCAUUUAAUCAAAAGUUGCCUCGGCGGAGGGAUCGUGGCCAUACACGAAUCGUAUAAGCAAUGCGGUCUAUGGACAGCUUUCGUACUAAACUUCUUCCUGGGCUUCUGUGUCGCUUAUUGCAUGUAUAUGCUGGCACGCUCUGCUCAGAGGAUAUAUGGCAAAAUCCAAGUACCUGCAUUGUCAUAUCCUGAUCUGGCUGAAGCGUCCCUAGCCGUUGGACCCUGGGACAACAUGAGGAAAUACAGCAAGUGUUUUCGAUAUUUGGUCGAUUUAACUAUUACGAUGGAUUUGUUUGGGGCCUGUUGCGUUUAUCAGGUGGUCAUAGCUCGCACGAUCAAGCAACUGGUCGAGGGUACAGAUCUGACCACGGACUCGGCUGUCGGUUCCAGUCCAGCCAUAAGGAUCUACAUAAUAGCCCUGCUGCUGCCUUGCAUUCUGCUCUGCAUGAUAACCUCGCUGAAAUAUCUCGCGCCGUUUUCGAUUGUAGCCGAUUUUUUCAUUUUGAUAGUAACGGUAGCGACGGUCUACUAUGGCACCAAACACGCGACCGUCAGUCCGUUGGAGAUGCCCGUCUUCAAGACGGUGCCAGGUCUGUUCGAGUUCAUCGGGGUCUGUGUCUUCAGCAUGGAAGGGGUGGGAGCCACGAUGGCAAUCGAAAACACAAUGACGGAGCCGAAGAAAGUUACGGCGGUAUUACUUGGAGGGAUGGGCGUCGUGAUGGUCCUGGUCAUGGCUGUGGGAUUCUUCGGCUAUUGGGGCUACGGUGAGCUGUCCAAGUCUCCUGUGACGCUGAAUUUCCCCUGGGAACCAUUUCCAAUAGCACUGAAAGUAUUCAUGGGGUUGAUGAUAUACGUGACUUUUGCACUCAACUUUUGGGUUCCCUUCGAUCUGGUUUGGUAUUAUCUGAAAAAGAGACACCAGCCCCAGAAGUAUUGGCUGUGGGAACGAGUCUACAGAAUAAUAUUCGUAACGGGAAUCACCUUAAUAGCUGUGACGUUUCCAAAUAUAAGCAAAUUGACGGCUUUGAUCGGCUCAUUCUGCCUAUCCAGCAUGGGCUUCAUGUAUCCAGCUUUCAUUGAACUCACAUUGGACUGGACCGACCCAGGCCUGGGGUUCUUAAUGUGGAGGAUGUGGAAGUGCAUCAUUGUUGCAUUAUUUGGAGCGGUAAUCUGUGUUGUCGGCACGUAUACCAAUGCCAGAGCGCUCGUUCACGAGGUUUUUAAAUAG